AUGACUUAAUGAAACAGCGCCAGGGGAUGCUUCUGCUCUACACCAUGAAGAACCCCUCCUUCCCAGAGUAUAUCUUCAGCAGUGAGAGUGGCAUCAUGUGCCUGGACUUCCACGAUGACUACCCCUACCUCAUGGCAGUGGGCUUCUAUGAUGGCAAUGUGGCCAUCUACAACCUGAAGACAACCUCCCAUCCCAGCUACAAGAGUUGUGCGAAGUCAGGAAAGCACACAGAGCCAGUGUGGCAGGUCAAGUGGCAGAAGAAUGACAUGGACAACAAUCUGAACUUCUUCUCUGUCUCUUCGGAUGGACGGAUUGUUUCAUGGACUUUAGUUCAGAAUGAGCUGCUUCAUACAGAUGUCAUCAAGCUGUCAGUAGAGGGAACAACGGCGCAGGGGCCAGAGGGGCUGCAGUUGAAAACACUUGGCUGUGGGACAUCAUUUGAUUUUCACAAAAAGAUAGACUAUUUGUUUCUCGUUGGUACUGAAGAGGGGAAGAUCUAUAAGUGUUCAAAAUGCUAUUCAAGCCAAUUUCUGGAUGUGUUUGAAGCCCAUCACAUGGCCGUGGACUCUGUCAGCUGGAAUCCCUACCACCCGAAAGUCUUCAUUUCCUGUAGCUCUGACUGGACAGUCAAGAUCUGGGAUCACACCAUCAAGACUCCGAUGUUUGUUUAUGACCUGAAUUCUGGUGUAGGAGAUGUUGCAUGGGCCCCUUACUCCUCCACGGUCUUUGCUGCAGUCACCACUGAUAGCAAGGCUCAUGUGUUUGAUCUGAGCAUUAAUAAGUAUGAAGCUCUCUGCACACAGCUAGUGGUGACCAAGAAGAAGAAUAAAAUAACCCAUGUCCAGUUUAACCCUAUCUACCCUGUUGUCAUCAUUGGAGAUCAACGAGGCCACGUUAUCUGCUUGAAGCUCUCUCCCAAUCUGCGCAAGGUGCCCAAGGCGAAGAAAGGCCAGGAGGUUGAGAAGGGCCCCGAGGUGGAAACUGCAAAGCUGGAGAAGCUGCUUAACCUGGUGAGAGAGCCG